AUGGAGGCUACAACAAACAUAGCGGAUGCCCCAAAGAGGAAGGCCAAGAGCUUGAAGACAGAUGAUUCCCACCUGUGGAUGUUCAUGUGCUUCCCCGCCGACGGCAACUGUUGCUUCCAGGAAGAUACUGAAAUGCGGCCAGACGCAGAUCCCUUCACCAUUGCAGGGAAUGCAGGGCAUGUUGCCACCGGUGAGGAUGUCGCAGGGACAGAGGAAUACGACAACGCCGCAGACAAUGGCUCCCCGAGUGGAGGUGUCUUUCAUGCAGACCAAUCCCAGUUUGCGAACGACAAGUUGUCCUCAGGGGGUACGGAUUUCCGGCUGAAGGAGCAGCUGUCGCCUGCUCUGAGGCAAGAGGUGGAGCAAAUCAAGGCCGACAUCGCUGCGAAGCAGGCCCUGAAGGCAGCGGAAGUCGGAGGCACGCUGACGGACGUGCUGGAGACCGACACCCGGGCAGAGGCGCAGGCGCCGCCGAAGGUCGGCGCUGAGCGAGGCCGAGGGGCAUCGGGCCGCGGGGUGCAGGCCGAGGUGCCCACAGAACGGCCGAUCGCCUUCGAGGUGGGGCAGGCCCCGCUGUCGUUCACACCGCUGCCCGAAGAUCGGUUCCAGGGCUUCCAAGAAGUUGGCACGCUGAGAGAAGCCCUUUCAAUCUAA